AUGUCACUCUUCUUCUGCUCUGCCUCCCAGACAUCGCCAAAGGAGAAGCCGUGUUGCACUCUGCCCACAGUGAAGAAACUCUUGGAGGAGAAGCGAAGGCGUGAGACGUCCUCUACAGCGAGCACAAGUCCUGUUCCUCCGAAUACCGUUACACAGUUGUCCUCAUCAGAACUGUUUACCUGUUCAGGUGCAUCAAGCAGCUACUCAGACAUGGCAGUGAGCUAUGAGCAGUGGACCCCAGCACCAGAGCCUACGCUCAGUUACUACACCGGCCAUCCAGGAUCCAGCUAUGCAGCCUACAGCCUCCCAGUACCAUCUGAAUAUGGCACACAGCAGCAGGUCCCAGUAUUUGGAGAUGCGUUGUCUCAGACAUAUCAGGAGUGCCCGAUGACAGUCGCAGAUCCCAGUAUGGCUUCACCUUGGCCACUUCUGGGUCCCAGUCAGGCCACACAGCUGAGUUUUGGUUCGUCGAUGGAUGCCAACAAACUGGAAGAGGCCAGGAUGCUGCUCAGCGGGAUGGAUUACACCAGAGCCACCGGGCAGGAUGAAGACGGAGACACCAUCCUGCACAUCUACACUGCCAAGGGACUCAGGGAGUGUGCCUUUGCUGCUGCAGAGACACUGAGGGGUUUAGGGAGGCUUGAUGCCAAAGAGCACAAGGGAAAGACUGCUUUACUGGUGGCAGUGACGGCAAACCAGCCGGAGAUUGUACAAGAUCUGCUGUCGUUAGGAACAGACAUCAAUGCUUGUGAUGUUAAAGGACAAACUGCCCUUCAUCUGGCUGCCCACUAUGGCUUCCCUGGGGUUCUGCAGGCAAUUCUGUCUAACAGACCUGCUGUCAACCUGGAGGCCCGCAACUUUGAAGGUAUGACUCCAUUGCACUGUGCGGCCAUUUCUCACAGCGUGACCAUGAAGGCUUUGCUUUCCAGUGGGAUGGCAGAUGUUAGCCUUCAAACCAAAGCAGCAGAGAAGCUCUCCUGUGUGCAGAUGCUGCUCAAUGCCGGGGCAACCCUGCUCAGCCAGGAAAUCAAAAGUAACAAGACUGUGCUGCACUUGGCUGUAAAGGAGGGGAACAUUGAUCUAGUGCGUUAUCUGCUGAGGAUUCCCCUGCCCAACAUGAAAGACUUUGUCAACAUGAAAGCUCAUGGCCACACAGCUUUACACAUGGCAGCCGGUCUCCAUGGCAACCCCCACCAGGAGGAGAUCCUGCGGCUGCUGCUGAGCAGGGGUGCUGAUCCCAGUAUCCGCAACCUGGAGAACGACCAGCCAGCUCACCUGCUGCAGAGCGGUCUCCAGGGAGAGCAGCUCAAGCUGAUGCUGAAGAAACGAAACGCUUCCUCUCGACGACGUAAUAUGUCCUUGCAGGACCAGGAAUGAAUUAAAUCACUUGUAAUCCCCAUUUGGAGGGAAUGAGUCUUUAAGACGUUUCCUCUGUUGAGAAGGGGAAUAUCCAGUUUAUUCUUAUCAGGUUCUGGGAGUCUCUGGCCUAUAUAUUGUUAACAAACUAGUUUGGCAAAUUAAUCUCUAGAUAUAAUUCACAUUGGAUUAGACAAAUGAUGCUUCAAUGCGUAAAGCUUAAAUUAGUUGUGAUUUCAUGUCUGUAGAAAUCAACUGCUUUAUUUAUUUUUCUACACUCGAGCUCAAGUAUUCAUGUGGAGGGGAAACAUUUCAUUCCAAAAUGUGAUAUCCUCCAUCGAGCCUUCGCACAAAUUGCUCCUGCUGUUGUUGACAAGACAGUGUUAAAAUUUUAAUUUAUGUAUUUAUUUUUGUCAAAAUGGGGUAUUUAACAUUUUGAAAUGAAAUCUUAUAAAUGGACAGAAAUGAAGAGCAUUAGUUCUCUUCAAAGAGUAGAAUGUAUAAGCGGUGCUGUGGAAGGUGGAGUAAUAUUAAUUUUCCGUUGAGGCUACACUCCCAGUUUUAUGUUGAUUUCUAUGAAAUCGUCAGUAUGGACCUCAGGACAAUGUCCCUGAAACCCCCCUGACUCUCUUGUCAAAACCCCCCAUCAUGAUAAGUUAUCAUAUUGAUACACUGAGUGAUGGUUUUGAUUUCAGUCAGCAUGUGUGCUUAUGUUAAGAAUGCGUGUGUUAAAAAAAAAAGCAAAGGAUAAUUAAUCAUAUAAUUUAACUGUCUGUCUGUAUGCAUCAUACUUACGUGUUUAACCUUUGGUAUCUAUUUUCUUUAUGGAAAAAGAAACUUUACUGUGUAAAACUGUUAUGUAUUUGAAACUGAAUGAACAAAGAAUGUGCUUUCUUAUCACAAAGACAUUACAUGAGUAAGUGUGCUGACAAAUCGUUUGACUAACUGUACAUUUUGAUCAUGAGUCAUGAAGUACAAAAGUACAAUAACACUGUAUUUAAAGUUCCAUCUGAUUUUUUUUAAUGUUCAGGGCACCUUCUGAACAGUCCCAAGUACACCUGGCUACAGAAAUUAGCAGGAUGGAAAAUACACCAGCCUGCCAUUUCUACAGCAGUUAUGUACCCUCACACUGAAGGAGUAUUUAUUUUUCAUGCUCCAUUACCACCGACCUUUACUGCCAUGACAAUGAACCUUAGUCAUAGGUGAAAUGAGGUUUGCCUUUGACUGUAGUUUGAAUGAUAAAUAAGGUUAGAACUGGCUCUCACCUCUGUGUCAUGUCUGUUAUUGGACAUUUAGUGAAUUCCUGUAAAGCAGAAAAGAAAUCAGUCUCUUGAGUAAACAAUAUUAUGAUAUCUUCUACAUGUCCCCCACUUAAGAAUAAUUUCAAGCAAUAAAAUCAUGUUGAAUAGACAAGACCUUUAUUUGAAACAGUGGCCUCAUUGUUUCGGUUUUACAGGUGAUCAUUUCAUUUUUAAUACCUUUGCCUUAACUUAAAAUAGCACAAACUGCUAAUAAUAUAACACACUUCAAUACACAAUGAUUUAUCCAUCAUACUUCUAGAAGCAUUUUCAAAGUGCGAUAUAUUACUUAACAUUGUCUUCUUGUUUUCAUUAAGAUAUUAUUAUUAUUAUGGUGGCUGCAUCAUUUUAGCAUUUUUAUUUUAUAGGAGAUUCUGUUUGGUCGAUUCUAUCCAUCGGUUCCUUUGUUAUGUUUUCAUGCUGAUUUUUAUUGCUUUUUUUUCUUUAAAAGGCAAUAAAGCAAAUACCAACAGAAAUAAAAAAAAUGGUAAAAGACAAGUGUUACAAUUUAUUAAUGCAUGCAGUUGAUUGAUACAAAAUGGUCAAGUCUAUAUGUAAUCAUGCUCUUCAUUUUAUUGUUUUACGAGAGUACAAUGUAAAGAAGAGAGACAGCCACUGUUGUAUUUGUCUUAUUAAAUGUGCCUAAUCAAGUCUCAUGGUUGGAGUAUUUAUUCUAUAUGUAUGUCUUUAAUUAUUCAUUUUGUCUCAUACAAUACUGAGACUCUAAAGAUAGAUGUUUUUCACACUAAGGACUUUCUACAGAAUUCAGUGGGAGACUCAAUAAAACCAGGUUAGGGUGUGAUGGAAAACCCUGUUUAUUGAUCAUCCAGCCGACAGAGGUAUAUUAUCCAUAAGAGGAAUGGCCAUAAACAACCGGUGUGUGUCCGUGUGUGUGUUUGUUGGCGUGGCUCCCGUGAUGACUUCCUCUCUCUCUUUCAAGUAUAUACUAUAUUUUCUAUACAGU